UUGUAAGCUGAAGUGAUCUUUCUUUCGAAAUAGUAAAGUUAAAUUAUAUCUGUUGCUAUUAAAUAUUAGUUUAGAGCUUCAUUUUUUUAUCAAAUAGAGUAAUAAUAUACGCAUUAUACAGUGACACUGUCAUUCUCCAUUUGUUUAUAUAUAUAUUUCGAGAUCUGAUUGUAUUAUUUCUGUUUAAAACUGAUGUUUUGAUUUCGAGAUCUGUAGCAGUAAACUUAAUCAUUCUGCGUGACAGGUUAUACAUUCAUUGGAAAAGGAUAUGAAAUGCAGUUAAGGAGGUUUUGUAAAGAGUUAAUUUUACUAUGGAAGGCAAUGUCCAAAUAUCUGAGCUGUUACAACAAUUAGAAGAAUUGAAAAAGAAAAAAGCUCAGAAUGUGAAGAAAUUAAAAAAACUGAGCAAGCAUGUAUCAAAGAAUAAAGUUAAGCAGAAUUCCAGUUUACUUCCCAGCAACAUUUUACCAGAUAUUAAAAAAUCAGAAGAAACAUGCAAUACAGUGGACUGUAUUGUGGAUGAAAAUAAUGUAAAUAAUCAAAAUGUCUCAGUCAAAUGUAGGUGUGGUUCAUUGCUUAAAGAUUCAGCUCUUUUAAAAGCUGAAAAUGUUCAACACUUUAUUAAAGGAAAUGAUAAAAAAAGUGAAUUAAUGUUAAUACCAGAUCCAGAAUGUGAAGAGCAUUGCAAAGUAUAUCCAGAAUUUUUAGUAGAACCACAGCCUGAAGAUGUGAAGGUAGAUUACAAAAUAUUAGGAAAUGAACUGGAUAACUGCGACAUUGAAAAUAUUAGUACUAAAACUAAAACAUCCAUUUAUUCUGACAACUAUGUUGAAAGGAUACAGUCAAGGAAAAGGUCAUCUUCUGCUUCAGAAUUCACUAGUGAACCUCCAGAAGAUGGUGAAUUUGAUACAAGGAAAAAAAUGAAAUUAUAUGAAACAGAUACUGAAAAACUAUUUGAUCCAUGUGCUUUUUCUACAAAUCAUGAACAUACGAAACUCAAAAUUUCUUCAGGUUCAAACGACUCUUUACCUGAAGCUGAAAGUUGCCAAAUUUUAGAGCAUAAAAAUGAAAAAAUGCUUUCUGGUGAUGCUGCUGAUGAUGAUUGUCUGGAAAAUGAUAUGACAUGUUUUCUUUCAUCGAGUUUGUUGGAUUCAAAUGAAGAUCAAGGUUUAAAGAAAGCUGCCAUACCAAAUAGUGCAAAUUCUGAUGAUAUUUGUCCAAUGCAACAAAAAGAUUUUGUCAGUAAGGAAGAAAGAGAUGUAGAGGUUAUCUCAAAUAGUCCUGAUCACUCACAAAUUCUUUUGUCUGUUCCAUACAGCAUUGAUUCAUCCCAAAAUUAUUAUAAAUCUUUUAACUUUCCAAAGUUUUCUAGUCCCACUACCUCUGUGAAAGAUGAUACGCAUAAAUAUUUAAUGGAAGGAGAUCUUGCUGAAUCUUCUGAUUGUAAAAAACAACCAGAAAACGGUACUUUGCUAAAGGAAACUGUGCAAUCCACAAAAUCUGUGUCAGGUCAUAUGUCUUAUACCAGACCUAAUGAUGAAGGUAUUAAUGUACCAAAUGAAAAAACCCAUGCUUUGAACCUGAACAAAGAGGCAGAUGAUUACAGUCUUGUAAGUGUUAAAAAUAUUCUAGGCAAUGGUUUAUCAUCUGCUUUAGAUGCCCAUUAUGGAAGUCCUGUUAAACAAGAUUCAGUAAGGAAGGAUAAUAUAAAUGAUUUACUACUGAGUAGUUGGAGUAAUUCACAGAAUGUGCCAACAGAAGACUCUGUUGAUCAGUUGUUCCAGACUGAAAAAAUUUCAUAUAUUAAUGAACCUAAUGAUUUAAAACCUCAAGUAAAUGCACCAUCUCUCUGUGAUAAAUUUUCUAGUGUUGGGCAUUGUAAAACUGUUGCAAAUGUUUCAUCAGAUUAUAAAGAUGUUAAUGUUCAUGCACUAAUGUUAGACAGCCGAAAAAGUACAGAAGAUUCUCCACAGUCUGAAAUCCAAAGCAUUGGCAAAAAGUUAAUUUUUGAUUUCAUUGGUGAAGCUCCUUUGUGUGACCAAGAUGGCAAAUUUGAAGGUAUUGUUGAAUGUACUGUCCCAUCUGAUGAUAUAUCACUUUGUGAUGAUUCAGAAACAACUAAAAAUGUAUCAUAUGAAGUUAAAGAAGUGGUAAUGGAUUUAGCAAGGAAAGUAAAUGAAGAAGAUAAUGGAAAAAACCCCAAAAGAGAUUUGCAUAUGCAGUUGGAUCAGUAUGCAGUUCAAACUAAAAUGGAAAAAUUUGUGCCCGACUCGGAAGUGUUUCUUGUUCCAGAAACAGAAUUAUUUGGCAUUCCACUAUCUUCUGAAAUGGAACCUUUCUCUCAAGAAUCCAUUUCGCCUGAAAAAAAGAAAUUUGAUUCUUCUGAAAAAGAAGAAUUUUUAGAGCAGCCAAUACCAGAAACGGAGUUUAAUUGCAUUGCAACGACAUCUAAGCAAAAAAGUACAUUAGAUAAUAAUUGUAAAGCAAAUUUAACCUAUUUUGCAAAUAAUGAGUUGGAAGAGAAAAUAGUUUUUUCUCAACCAAAUACUGAAGGUUUAGAUAUAUUUUUCUCCCAAACAGAAGAACAAAAAAUGAACCUGGAAGCUAGGUUUAUGGAAAGUAUACCUGACUGUUUAAACUGUAGUGUAGUUUAUGACACUGCCGUUCUAGAGAAUGGGGAUUCACAAGAUUUAGGUGGUUAUACAGAUGUUCCACUUAUAUCUGAAGAGGAAGAAGAAACAAGAAAGACUGCUCAGAAAGAAUCUGAAGCCUGUAGUCAAUCAAAUCUGAAUUUGAUUUUCUGUAUGCGAAGUGAAAUUGAAGAAGCAGUAAUUGAUGUGCAGCUCACAUUGUUCAAUAAUAGCAACUAUGCUUUCAUUCAGCAUACAUCAUGGGUACAGGUUUGGAGGCAUGAAAGACAAAAAGAAUGGUUGAAAAUUUUUCAUUAUCAAGUUGAAAAAACUCUUCAACUGACAAAGAUUUGUGUUUCAAAAGAUGAAAAUAAUUUAGUUUUAAUAAUGCUUUUGUGCAAUGAACAAGAUCAUUGUUUGCAGUUUUUGCUGUUUGAGAGGGAAGCUAGAGUCAUUAAAGUAAUGGAACACACUCACUGGUUAAAGAACAGGUGCUCUGAAAAUGUUCUUUUAUGUGGCCUUAAUGGACUGAUGUUUGCCACUGCUAAAGGUAAAGAGAGUUAUGAAGUUUUCAUUCAUGCAUUUGGCAGUCUCCGAGAAAGUCCAAAAUUAAUGACAGUUACAUUGGGAUCCACUGUUAAACCUGUUUGCAGCCUGUGCCAAAUUGAAAACCUACCAAAUGCUUUGAUGGGAGUUUGUAAUUCCAUGUUGUAUGUGUGGCACCUUGCGGAGGCACGUUUAGUUACUGCUGUCAGCCUUCAGCCAAUGGAUUUUCUUCCCAUUGGACAGUGUUUUUGGGCCACAGUUGAAAAUGGCUUGGUGUUCUUCAUGACUACAUGUGAAAGCAAAGAGGAACCAUACGUGUGCCAAUUGCUCGCAGCUAAUCUUGCUACGGGCUUUUGUCAAACCACAAUGACAUAUUCCUUGCAACCAGCUAGUUCAGAAAAUGUUUCUCUGAAAAAAAUCACCAAAGCAAUGUACCAUGAGCCUUUUCUCAUCGUGUCCUGUGGAGGUGAUGCUUUCAUUUGGUCUGUUACUGAUGAAUACUGUUGUGCAACAUUGGAUGGAGCGUCAGACAUAACUGCUGUCACUAUAGGUGCCAAUCUUGAAGGUUGGGGAACAGUUGCAGUUGGCAGUAAAAAGGGCCUUGUAGAGUGUUAUAAUUUAAACUGAAUAUUUAUCAAAUGUAAAAUUUUUAUGUAAAUUAUUUUUAAUAGGUCUUGUGCUUAAUGUACUAAAAAAAGUGAAGUUUGUAUAUAUGAUUAAAGAUUUUAUAUUCUAGAGAUUUAAUUCUGCAGAAAAAUUACUAUAAUGAUUGUCGAAAAACAUGGUUGUUAUUAGCAUCUAUAAAGAAUAAAAGAUGUUUUCAUUUUUA